GUUCUGCAAUCCUUCUGCUGCGCUGCUGAUCGAUCUCACAAUCAGCAGCAAGAAUGUAGUUUAGCCGCUCUGUGACUUGGUAAUUGCACUCACGAAUGAGUCAAUUCAGCAACCACAUCGUGAUCGUCGCUGUACCGAGCAAGCACGGUGUUGGUGAUCGUGGACCUGCUGCGACCGCCUUUGGAAGCUUUGGGCUCGAGAUGGUCCCUCGUCUAUAUAAAGGGCCGCUUGCAUGAUCCUAGAGCACGUUAUUCUUGAAUCCCACAAUCCAGCUCACUCACCUGGGAGCUUCUCGCAUACACAAACAGCUCUCAAAGCUUCAUCCACAUCUCAGUGACUUUCCGCAACUACCCGCAAAACUCAAGUUCCACUGCCACUACGCCUCACUGUCACCCAUCAUGUCCGCAGUCCGUCACGUCCUCGUCAGCGGUGCUGGCAUAGCCGGACCCGUCCUAGCCUACUUCCUCGCCCAGGCCGGCAUCCGCGUCACGGUCCUGGAAAGGGCACCCGCUCUGCUCGCACAAGGUCAGAACAUCGACAUCAAAGGCAGCGCCAUCGUCAUCAUGCGCAAGAUGGGCUUGAUCGAUGAGCUCAAGCGCUACAACACGCUAGAAAAGGGCACGCACUUCGUCGACGACAAGGGCCGCUUCUUUGCGCGCAUGCCGGUCCAAGAGGGCAUCGCGACCAGUCCGACGCAGGAAUUCGAAAUUCUCAGAGGAGAUUUAGCCAAGGUACUCUUCGAGGCAACCAAGGACCAUCCCCUUAUAGACUACCGAUUUGGCAUCAUCAUCGAAAAGGUUCUGCAAAACGACGAGAAGCUCGUCAAAGUGCAGUUGAGCAACGGCGAGACUCUCGAAUCUGAUCUGCUGGUCGCAGCGGAUGGCCAAUGGUCGAGAAUUCGUCGCAACAACUUCCCUCAAGAAUGGCUGACAAUCAUCGACAAGAACAUGUACGGCAUCUACUUUACUGUGCCUCGCAAGCCCACAGACACCAACUGGUGGACUGUCUACACGGCGAAAAAGUCUCGAGUCGUCAGCUCUAGACCUGACUCGCACGGCACGUACCGCGCCUUUCUCAGUCUCAUGCCCAGCAACGAGCAGCAGAAAAAAGCUUGGCAGUCUGCGUCACGAGGCGAUCGACAAACGCAAGAGGAUUUGUGCAGAAAAGAAUUUGGCGAUGCUGGCUGGGAAGCUCAGCGCUUCCUGGACGCGAUGCCCGACGCCGAUGAUCUCUACUUCCAAGCGAUUCAGCAGAUCAGGCUCUCAAAGUGGUCCAAGGAUCGGAUCGUGUGCGUAGGUGAUGCUGCGUACGCGCCGACUCCGCUCUCCGGAAUGGGAACACCGCUCGCCAUCAACGGAGCCUACACCCUAGCAGGCGAGCUCGCUAACCUCAAAGAAGGCGCCUCGAUUACCACGGCUCUCGAAGAGUAUGAAAGGAAAUUCAGACCUUUCGUCACAGAGUGUCAAGACAUCCCGUCCUUCAUUCCCAGCAUCAUGCACCCUUACGUCGGAUGGAAGAGAUCUCUGCUCUGGAGCUUCGUGAGCGCGUUUGCUUUCUGCUCGCGCACGCCCCUCAUCAUCAACAGAUUCGGAGGGGCAAAGAAGAACGACGACGAAGACUAUCCACUUCCAAAGUACGCCGCUUUUGAGGUAACAAAGGGCGACUAAGCCUGGGCGUUGAGAUCUUGUAGAGAGCCCGCUCGCACAGCUCGAUGUAACGCAUAUACCACCGCUCUUUAGCGCUUUCGUGAUCGAGAUGUACCAAAAAUCUGACACACACACGUCCCAAAUCACCAUUCAGUUGAGACCAUACUUUGCGCACUGAUUCCAGCGAUCCCAAGCGGAAAUUCGAGACCCAAGGCGCAAGAUGACGAAUAUCAUUGACACGGCGCUCCAGGGCCUGGCCUCACGUAAAGUAGUAUCGUCCUGCUCUCUUCCACUCGUCCUGACCUGAAUGCCAAGCGAAUCGCCAAGCCUC